UCCUAAGAAUUUACAAAUUGUUACGGAGUUUUUACAUAUAUUGUGCUUUACCAGAAAUAGAAUGGACGCCGAACGGUUACAGGAGAACCUGCUGCAGAGCUGCCUUCGCCAACAGUUGGACGAAUUCCACAUGCUGUCCUCGAUCUUCUGUAAUGCGGGUGAGCUGCACGUCGAUGAUUACAGUUUCGUCGACAACAUUAAUGCCUACAUCGAAGGCGAAACCAAAAGACUAAACGCCAAGCUAGACUAUCAACUGAAUCUGCCCUUGCUGGGAUCGGAGAAGGUGCAAAUCCGCAUCGAACUGCCUCAUCUCUACCCGGCAAUAGAAAUUCCACUGUUUGUAGUUCGUUCGGCCUGCUUUCCUCGAGAUCGAGAGCGACUGAUCACCGAGAGAAUCGAACGGUACAUCGACCAGGAAGUAUUAGAUAAAAAUGAAGCCUACGUGUAUCAGAUAGUUUGCUGGAUUCAGGAUAAUUUUCCGGAACUAACUAAAUUCGAGGAAACGCCCAAGGUACCGUCAGACCAACCGUCCGAGGACUCCGAAAAUGCGAAGGACACUAAAUUCGAACGAUUGUGGAUCUACUCGCACCACCUGAAGAGUAAAACCAAACGGCAAACGAUACUGAAGUCGGCACGGGACUUGGAUCUCUCGGGGUUCUCCAGACCGGGUAAACCAGCGGUCAUCUGCGUGGAAGGUCGCCAACAGGAUACGCAAGAGUUCUGGCGAACGAUAAGGCCGCUGAAAUGGCAGAAGAUUCAGAUCAAACUGGCGGAAGUGGAACCACUGGCGCCGGUCGAUGUCGUGGACGACAAACGCCGCUUUCUAGGAUUCCGCGAGGAACUGUUCACCGAAGUGGACGACGAAAACGAUGAGGAAGUUCCCAUGAGCAUGAGUUUAUUUAUGAAAUUUUUAGAUAAGCACGACAGUGGGUACAUUAGGAAGGAAAUUUUUGGAUUUGAAAAGCCAGAAUCUGUUGUAUAGAGAUAACAUCUUUUUGUGCUG